AUGGCACAACUGCUCCUUAUCCGAAACGUUUUGUCCUUGAACAUGAACAAUCCGUACUUGUACCAUAAAUGCUCAGCCAAUCAAGGGGAGUACAAGCUAGGAAGCCUCUACAAAAAAUCCCUCGAUUCUGGCAUCCAACAAUUGUCGAAAGAUAAUGAAGUUUUUCGUGGCGGUUUCGUCUAUAUGGACCACACCGAUCCUAAUGGAACUCGGUCUACAUCACCUUUCAAUGCCGUGGAGACAUUUACGGGUCCCACUGUCGCUCUUGCUUUGCCACUGCCCGGGCUGAGUACUGGAGGGAAGAUCAAUUACGAUGACAAUAUCUGUAUUGAUACCGCAAGGGCAAGGCCGAAUGCGAAAACUCAUACCGGUGAUGAUUCAGUUUUGGAGUUUUUGAGACUCUUCGAAAAUCUGACAAAUAUAGCCGUCACUAAAAGAAAUAACUUCGUAAAAGAUGUGGAGAAACCGGCACUAUAUGCGGCAGGAGAGAAAAGGUUCGGAAAUAAGAAGAUCUAUGUAAUGGUUCAGUGUACGCAUGACUUAACUCCUAGGGCUUGUGUGGAGUGUGUGAAUCAUAAUGUCCGGCAAUUUCAAGAUUGCUAUGAAGAUAAACCAGUAGGUUUGAAAAAAGGUGCUAGAGUUUUGGGUAGGAGCUGUAACUUUAGGUUUGAGCGUUACCCUUUUGUUAACGCCAAGACCAGUCCUAACUAUUUGAAGUUCUAAAGCAAGCUUGCUUCAGACUUUUUUGUGUAAUCUCUAACUUUUAUUUUACAUGAAUUAUUGUAUUAUUUAGAAAAAUCCAACGAUGUAGUUUUAAUCAAAUUUUAUUUUAAAUAUUUAAAGGAGAUUAUAAAAUGUAAGUUUUUUUAAAGUAUUU